AUCACACAGCUGAUCAGUUUCUGAUAUUUGAAUUUUCUUCCAUCUAAUUUUCUUUUGCAAAAAAAACUUUCACAAAAUGCUGCGUUCAAGUCUAUUGACCUUAACUCGGAUUGGAUCCAACAGGCUUAUGUCCACUGCCGCAAAACUAACCACAGUAGAGGUUAAUGAUAAGACAGGAAUUGCCACUCUAACCAUGUGCCGCCCUCCAGUAAAUGGCUUAAAUUUGGAAUUAUUGAAGGAUCUAAGUCAGUCUAUUGAUGAAAUUGAAAGCAACAAAAGUCGUGGCCUUAUACUCACCUCAUCCAAUCCCACCAUAUUCUCGGCUGGUCUGGACAUCCUGGAGAUGUACAAGCCGGACAAAGAGAGAAUACGUGCCUUUUGGACCAGUCUGCAGGAUGUUUGGUUGGCUCUCUAUGGCAGCAGUGUACCCACAGCAGCGGCAAUAAAUGGCCACUCUCCAGCUGGUGGCUGCUUAUUAGCCACUUCUUGUGAAUACCGUGUGAUGCUACCAAAAUUCACUAUUGGCCUCAAUGAGACACAAUUGGGUAUUGUGGCACCCAAAUGGUUUAUGUCUUCAUUUCUGAGUGUCCUGCCCCGUCGCAUAGCCGAACGUGCCCUCAAUCAAGGACGUAUGUUUACUACCGAAGAAGCUCUACAGGUGGGCCUAAUCGAUGAGGUUGCCAACACCAAGGAAGAAGCCAUCGAAAAGUGUUCCGCAUUCAUCGGGUCCUUCGCCAAAGUCAAUCCCUUGGCCCGUGCUCUUACUAAACAGCAAUUCCGUGCCGCUGAUUUGCAGCAAUUGGAAAAUGAACGUGUUCAAGAUUUGGAAAAAUUCUUGUUUUUCGUCAAUCAGCCAGCCGUACAGAAAGGUUUGGGCCUGUAUCUCGAAAGUCUCAAAAAGAAGGCCAAGAAUUAAAUGAAAUUUAAUUAUACUUCGAUGCAUUUUUGUCAAAUAAUUUUUUUCUACCUUUUUAUGCAAUUAUAAAUCCUUAAGUUUAAUGUUUAAAUGUAA